GAUCCGUCGGGAUCGGGCAAUGCCUCGCGCCUUCCUGGUGAAGAAGCCGAGUGUGGCCUCGGCCAAGCGCAACUGGAGCGAGCUCCCGGAUGAGCAGCGUGCGGAGAUCUACGUGCCCAUCUUCCUGGGGGGCUGCCCCCUGCGCAGAGACCCUGAGCCCGCCCUGGGGGAGGCCCCCGCAUCACCCGUGUCCCCCCUCGACAUGACGCUGCCCCCCCCGGCCCCCCGCGCACCCCCCGGCCCCUUCCUGCACCCCAAGGGCAAGGUCCCCCCCAGCCCUCUGGGUGCCCCCAUCCCCACGGCUCUCCCCAUGGUUGGGGGGGUCCCGGGGGGGGUGCCGGUGGCCGGGGGGGUUCCGGGGGGAGCCGAGCUCUUCUCCUGCCCCGUGUGCCAGAAGAGCUUCGGGUUCCAGCGGAUGCUGAACCGGCACCUCAAGUGCCACAGUGAGGUGAAGCGGCACCUCUGCCCCUACUGCGGCAAGGGCUUCAAUGACACCUUCGACCUCAAGCGUCACGUCCGCACCCACACCGGCGUGCGCCCCUACAAGUGCAGCCUGUGCGAGAAGGCGUUCACGCAGCGCUGCUCGCUGGAGUCGCACCUCAAGAAGAUCCACGGCGUGGCGCAGCGCUACGCCUACAAGGAGCGGCGAGCCAAGCUCUACGUGUGCGAGGAGUGCGGCGGCACGGCCGAGAGCCAGGACGGGCACAUCGCGCACCUGCGGCAGCGCCACCCGCACAGCCCCCUCCUGGCCAAGCUGGCGCGCAAGGCGGCCACCAACCCCCCCCCGGGCCCCCCCCGCAUGGCCCCGCCCCCUUGAUGUGGGGG